AUGGACUGUAACUGCGUCUCGGAUCUGCUCUUCACCCCGCCGGUGCCGGCACUCUGGACUCCGGGCUUUGCCUUCCCAGACUGGGCCUACAAGCCUGAGUCGUCCCCGGGCUCUCGGCAGAUCCAACUGUGGCAUUUCAUCUUGGAGCUGCUACAGAAGGAAGAAUACCAAGGUGUCAUCGCGUGGCAGGGGGACUACGGCGAGUUCGUCAUCAAGGACCCCGACGAGGUGGCGCGCCUGUGGGGCAUCCGCAAAUGCAAGCCCCACAUGAACUAUGACAAGCUGAGCCGGGCCCUGCGUUAUUACUAUAACAAACGCAUCCUUCACAAGACCAAAGGGAAGAGAUUCACAUACAAGUUCAACUUCAGCAAAGUCGUGCUGGUCAAUUACCCCCUGCUGGACGUGGCCGCAGCCCCUCUGCUGCUCACCCCAGGGCCCUUUGGAGGGGCAGCAGGGCCUGAUGGCCCUCCCCUCACUCCAGAGGCAUUACAGACCCUGUUCUCCACUCCACGCCUGGACCCAGGAAGCAGGACGCCCCUGUUUGCCCAACACCUGUCUGCCCCAGACACGGACAAACUCCGGCUGGAUGGGCCAUUUCCCUUCCUGGGCUCUGGUACUGCGGGCUAUUCGAAACCCCCUGCCCUCCUGAGCCCCUACGGCCGCACCUUUCCCGAGUAUCCCUGGAACUUUAACCCCUACUUGGCAAGCCCCUUCCCCAAGUUGCCUGCCUCCCUAUAUCCACCGCAUUUCUACCCCAACCCCCUGGCCGGAUCCUUGGGGCAGCUGCCCACAGGGCCUGGGGGAGGUGGCCCUGCCACAACACCCCUCCUGGCCGGCCCUACUGGCGAUGGACCUGGAUCGCAGCGCACAAGCCUGGCCCCAAGUGCCCGUCUGACUCUGCCCGGGACAGGGGUCCCCGAGGUUCCCUCUCUGGGGCCCAAAGAGGAAAGCGACUCUGAGUUGGAGGUGACUGAUGUCAGCGGCUGCAGCUCGGACAGCGAGGGUGAUGACGGCGCUCCAGGGCCCCCUGAGGGUCAGGGCAGCCGAGGUGGGGCAGGGAGCUGA